AAACUACUGCUGUAGUAGGCAGGUAUAGUGGUAUAAAUCUAGGCUACACAAGCAUGUUAGUAUUCGUCGGUCCGCGGUCCUGUACUCUGCUUCUCAAUCAUGAUGGACAGCGGUUCGCUGGGUGCGACUUGGAUCGCGUUUGCGUGCUGUUUGUGCUUCGUCAUAACGUACAACAGUCGUAAUGUUUGCUGCUCUCACGAAGCCGACUCUAAAGUGUACACGGAACAAGACAGACAGUACUGGAUCGAAAACGGUAAGGAGAAGGUGACCGAGAAAGUCAAGUACGUGAAUAAAAGAGGCGUCGCCAAAAAUAUAAUCAUGUUCCUGGGUGACGGUAUGUCGUUGACGACGUUGACGGCAUCGCGUAUCUACAAAGGUCAAAUGGAAAAACGUUCCGGCGAGAAUGAGUACUUGAGCUUCGAGAAAUUCCCAUUUGUCGGCAUGUCAAAGACUUACUGCGUGGACAAACAAGUGGCAGACUCGGCAUGCACAGCCACCGCUUACCUGACGGGCGUAAAAACCAACUACGAGACGAUCGGGGUAUCGGCCUCGGUGAAGCUGUACGACUGUCCGGGGUCGGUGGCACCCGGCAACCAGACAGAGUCAAUAGUCGAUUGGUCGAUGGCCGCUGGAAAAGCCGUCGGACUGGUAACCACUACCCGGGUAACACACGCGUCCCCGGCCGGGGCGUUCGCGCACACGGCUCAUCGGGACUGGGAGUCGGACGUCGAUCUAGCGGAGGCGGCAAACCUGACGGACGUGACGCAGUGCGAGGACAUCGCCAAACAGCUGAUUACCAGAAGCCCUGGGAUAGACAUAAAGGUGAUACUUGGUGGGGGUCGCAAAAAGUUUUUUCUUAAUGACACAAAUCAGAAAGGAUCAAGAAUGGAUAUGGAUCUCGUAGAAUUUUGGAAGAAAGAUAAGACGGAACGUUUCGGAAAUGAUAAAUCAGCAUACGUUGAAAACAGGGAACAACUAUUAAACGUUGACCCUUCUAAGACCGACUAUUUAUUGGGCCUUUUCGAGAGCUCGCAUAUGAAAUAUCAUUUGAAAGCGGACGCUAGUAUACAACCCACUUUGGCAGAAAUGACUAGAACAGCUAUAGAAAUUUUGAAAAAAGAAGAAAAUGGAUUCUUCCUGUUCGUCGAGGGUGGUCUUAUCGAUGGUGCCCAUCAUCAAACCGUUGCCAGGUUAGCACUGGACGAGACGGUGGAGUUCUCUAAAGCCGUCCAACAGGCUGUUGACAUGACCAGCGAAGACGACACACUGAUUGUCGUCACGUCCGAUCACUCACAUACCAUGACAAUGGCAGGUUACCCUGUUAGGGGUAACGAUAUUUUGAGCCUUUCGGGGUCUCUUGGGAUCGACAAAUUGCCGUACACUACACUGAGCUACGCCAAUGGUCCGCCAAAUCAACAGCCCGACGUGAAUUGCGCCCGUCAGGAUUUGUCCCAAGUCGACACAAGUCAAUUCCUGGUGUAUCCACAUCUGGUUCCGAUAAAAGACGAAACCCACGGGGGCGACGACGUGAUGGUGUUCGCCCGGGGCCCUUGGGCCCACCUGUUUACCGGCAACUACGAACAAAACGUGAUACCACUGACGAUGGGAUUCGCGGCCGGCAUCGGACCCGCUGCCGGUGUGGCCAGCGGUCCGGCCCGGCUCACUUCCGCUGGACUUGGCACAGCGGCCGUCUCGUCACCUGUGGCCGUGCUCACCAGCGCCCUGUUGACGACGCUAGUUGUCCUACACGUUUGUUCGUAGACCACACGAGCAGCGACCGUCGUUCGAUUACAAUUUUUUAUAAUAUUAUUCUGUACAUUUUUUUUUUUUAUAUCUAUGACAUAAUACGCGUGUCUCUGCCCGUCACGUAGUUUAUUUAUUAUUAUAUACAUUAUACAUGUAUUCAUAAAAAGGAUGCGAAAGGAAUACAUUUUUCAAACAUUAAAAUAUGUGUUCCAACCAUACAUCCUCACAAGGUUCGUGUUUGUUUUUAUAUUUUUUUUUCCGCCGGUGAAAACAAUUAUUUAUGUUUAUUAUUAAACGCCACCUCCGGAUUCCACGUGAUAGA